AUGAAAUUUUCCUCCUUCGUUGCGGCCUUUGCUCUCUCGGCUAUAGUCCGAGCGGCUAUAAUACCAAAAAUAUCUUCAGCAGAUUUAGACCCUGGACCGAAUGCUUUGUCCCAGCGAGGCGAUUCACCGGAAGGUGGCAUUGAUGACAUUUCGGAGGAAGAUUGUCUUACUACGAAGACCGUCUUGGAAAAGGCCUCUACUGAUCUUUCUCUGAUCAAUUUUGACACAAACUGGAAGGUAGUUUCGGAAUCAAAACCAGCUCCCAUCAGCGGCCCUUUGCCAUAUGGUUUGAAAGAAGCAGGACUCGAUCCCAAGGAGGAGUUUCAGACCACGAAGGCUCAGGUUAAAGGUGCAUUUGCGCAUUAUACCAACGCUAUGUCAACCUCAUCUGGAGCUAUAAUCGCAAGCGAAAUCUAUGGACGUUUUACGACCGCUGUUAUGUCGGAUGCCCCUGACCGAUGGUCCGCUGUAACAUGGUAUCUUUGGAAGAAAGCUUGCGAGAAAGCAAAUCAAGUUCCAUCGAAACUUGAUUUCAUUUUUCAAGACACGAUCAUGAAUGACAAAACAAAUAAAGUCCUAAAUGUUGGAAUGGCCGCCGCAGACAAGCAGAAACAGGGUAAGGGAGGUGAGAUAAUAGUCACGAGGUGGACGCCAGACGAUGAUCAAUUUUAUGCUGCACUCGCAGCACCCAACAGCAUUGGUUCUCUUUAUCUUGCGAAGGAUUAUCCUAAUGAACUGGGUUGGAAGACUAUCGAAAGUAUUUCGGUGUACUGGCCUCAGAAGCUGAACCAGCCGGUUAUGUGGAUCACCUAUGUACCUUUUUGUGGGUGA